CUCACAGAGAGGGAAGCCGUUCAACAUAACAUUCUUCCAAAGCAAGUGGGUGAAGAGAAAAAAAGUUUUGAUCCAGCAUUUCUGGAAUAAUCAUAAUGUAAAUCUCUAAUAGGAAUAAAAUCACCAACCUUCUUCCUGAUUUGCAAGUCAGCUGCACCAACAGGGAGAAGGAAGAGGAAGCAGCGAAUGGUGUAGCUAUUCUGUUAAUUGAAAAGGAGACAGAAAAUAGAUGUCUACACCAGUGGACCCUGGCACAAUGCUUCAUCCUGGUCCUUCCCCAGGGCCAGGUUCUUCACCUGGACCAAUUCUAGGACCUAGCCCAGGACCAGGGCCAUCUCCUGGCUCAGUACACAGCAUGAUGGGGCUGAGUUCUGGACCGCCCAGUGUCCCACAUCCUAUGCCGACAAUGGAGUCUACUGAUUACCUGCAGGAGAGCAUGCACCAACGGCAUAAGCCUACUGACGGCUUGCAUGAAAAAGGAAUGGUUGAAGAUGUUCAUUGUAGCUCUAUGAAGAGUAUGCGACCUCCUCACCCUGGAAUGGGCCCACCUCAGAGUCCAAUGGACCAACAUAAUCAAGGCUAUAUGUCUCCACACCCAUCUCCACUGGGAGCACCAGAACAUGUGCCCAGUCCAAUGUCUGGACAAGGUCCAACUCCACCCCAGAUGACUCCAAGUCAGCCAGGACCCAUGAUACCAGGAGACCCACAAGUUAUGAGUCAACCCAACAGAGGUUCUUCCCCUUUCAGUCCUGUACAGCUACAUCAGCUCCGAGCUCAGAUUCUAGCAUACAAAAUGUUAGCUAGAGGUCAGUCUUUACCAGAAAACCUCCAACUUGCUGUUCAAGGAAAGAGGACCCUGCCCGGCAUUCAGCAGCAACAGGUUCCUGCUGCCUAUAGCAGGCAAUCAAGUAUUGGGUCACAUGCAAUGAGUGGUCCUACAGCUGGCCCAGGACCAGCUCCAGGAGUACCUGGACAUAUAGCUGCCAUGACCCCUAAACCUUGGACAGAAGGCCAAGCCCCAGAUAUGAAUGUUCCCAAUACACCACAAAAGCUCUCUGUACCACCUCCUAGUGGGAGGCCUUCUCCUGCCCCCGCUGCUUCCCAGCCUUCUGCAACCAUGCCUGGGUCCUCUGUACCACAGCCCACACCUGGACAGCCUUCACCAAUUGUGCAGCUGCAGCAAAAACAGAAUCGUAUCAGCCCUAUCCAGAAACCACAAGGACUGGAUCCAAUUGAAAUACUCCAGGAACGUGAAUAUAGGCUUCAGGCUCGAAUAGCUCACAGAAUCCAAGAACUGGAGAACUUGCCUGGCUCUUUGCCUCCUGAUCUGCGAAACAAAGCUACAGUGGAGUUGAAGGCACUUAGGUUACUGAAUUUCCAGCGCCAGCUAAGACAAGAGGUAGUAGCCUGCAUGCGUCGUGACACAACACUAGAGACAUCACUAAACUGCAAAGCCUACAAGAGAAGCAAGCGCCAGACUCUGAGGGAGGCCCGUAUGACAGAAAAGCUUGAGAAACAGCAGAAGAUAGAACAAGAGAGGAAACGUAGACAGAAACACCUGGAAUAUCUGAACAGCAUAUUGCAGCAUGCUAAAGAUUUUAAAGAAUACCACCGGUCAGUGUCUGGGAAAAUACAGAAAAUUUCUAAAGCUGUGGCAACUUGGCAUGCCAACACUGAACGUGAGCAGAAAAAGGAAACUGAGAGAAUUGAGAAAGAAAGAAUGAGAAGACUAAUGGCUGAAGAUGAAGAAGGCUACCGCAAGUUGAUUGACCAAAAGAAAGAUAGACGCCUAGCCUACUUAUUGCAGCAGACAGAUGAGUAUGUGGCUAAUCUGACCAAUCUGGUAUGGGAGCACAAACAGGCACAAGCAGCCAAAGAGAAGAAAAAGAGGAGGAGAAGAAAGAAGAAGGCAGAAGAAAAUGCAGAAGGAAUGGGAUCUGGUCUUGGUCCUGAUGGAGAGCCCAUAGAUGAGAGCAGUCAGAUGAGUGACCUUCCAGUCAAAGUGACUCACACUGAAACAGGCAAAGUUCUUCUUGGACCAGAAGCACCAAAAGCAAGUCAGCUAGAUGCUUGGUUGGAAAUGAACCCUGGAUAUGAAGUUGCUCCCAGGUCAGACAGUGAAGAUGAAAGUGGUUCUGAAUAUGAGGAGGAGGAUGAUGAAGAAGAAUCAAGUAGGUUAGAAGCAGAUGAGAAGAUACUUCUGGAUCCUAACAGCGAGGAAGUUUCUGAGAAAGAUGCUAAACAAAUCAUUGAAACAGCCAAACAAGAUGUGGAUGAUGAAUACAGUAUGCAAUAUAGUGCUAGAGGGUCUCAGUCCUACUACACCGUUGCUCAUGCAAUCAUAGAGAGGGUGGAGAAGCAGUCUUCUCUUCUUAUUAAUGGUACACUAAAACAUUAUCAGCUCCAGGGCCUGGAAUGGAUGGUUUCACUCUAUAAUAACAAUUUGAAUGGAAUUUUAGCUGAUGAAAUGGGACUAGGAAAAACCAUACAGACUAUUGCGCUCAUCACUUAUCUGAUGGAACACAAAAGACUCAAUGGCCCCUAUCUCAUCAUUGUUCCCCUUUCAACUUUAUCCAACUGGACAUACGAAUUUGACAAAUGGGCUCCUUCUGUGGUGAAAAUAUCUUACAAGGGGACACCUGCCAUGCGUCGCUCACUCGUUCCUCAGCUUCGAAGUGGAAAAUUUAAUGUUCUUUUAACUACUUACGAGUACAUAAUAAAAGACAAACAUAUUCUUGCUAAGAUUCGAUGGAAAUACAUGAUAGUAGAUGAAGGCCAUCGAAUGAAGAACCAUCACUGCAAGCUGACUCAGGUCUUGAACACUCACUAUGUGGCCCCUAGGAGGAUACUGUUGACUGGGACUCCACUUCAGAACAAAUUGCCUGAACUCUGGGCUCUUCUCAACUUCCUCCUCCCUACCAUUUUCAAGAGCUGCAGCACCUUUGAACAGUGGUUCAAUGCUCCAUUUGCCAUGACUGGAGAAAGGGUGGACUUAAAUGAGGAAGAGACUAUCCUGAUCAUCCGUCGUCUCCACAAAGUGCUCCGGCCCUUUUUGCUAAGGAGACUGAAAAAAGAAGUUGAGUCUCAACUUCCAGAAAAGGUUGAAUAUGUAAUCAAAUGUGACAUGUCAGCUCUUCAGAAGAUUCUGUACCGCCACAUGCAAGCCAAGGGAAUCCUUCUCACAGAUGGUUCUGAGAAAGACAAGAAGGGAAAAGGUGGGGCAAAAACUCUUAUGAACACAAUCAUGCAAUUGAGAAAGAUAUGCAAUCACCCGUAUAUGUUUCAACAUAUUGAGGAAUCCUUCGCUGAACAUUUAGGCUACUCAAAUGGUGUCAUCAAUGGAGCUGAGCUUUAUCGGGCCUCAGGGAAAUUUGAACUACUUGAUCGUAUUUUACCUAAGUUGCGAGCCACUAGCCAUCGUGUGCUUCUUUUCUGUCAAAUGACAUCACUCAUGACCAUUAUGGAGGACUAUUUUGCAUUUCGAAAUUUCCUUUACUUACGUCUUGAUGGUACAACAAAAUCAGAGGAUCGAGCUGCCCUGCUGAAGAAGUUUAAUGAACCUGGCUCACAGUACUUCAUCUUCUUGCUGAGUACAAGGGCAGGAGGGCUGGGCUUGAACCUCCAGGCUGCUGACACUGUUAUAAUCUUUGAUAGUGAUUGGAAUCCUCAUCAGGAUUUGCAGGCCCAAGACCGAGCUCAUCGAAUUGGUCAGCAGAAUGAGGUUCGAGUCCUGCGACUGUGCACUGUGAACAGUGUGGAGGAGAAGAUACUCGCUGCUGCAAAGUAUAAACUGAAUGUAGAUCAAAAAGUUAUUCAGGCUGGAAUGUUUGAUCAGAAAUCUUCAAGCCAUGAGCGGAGGGCUUUUCUACAGGCUAUAUUAGAACAUGAGGAAGAAAAUGAGGAAGAAGAUGAAGUUCCUGAUGAUGAGACUCUGAAUCAGAUGAUUGCUCGGCGUGAAGAGGAGUUUGAUCUCUUCAUGCGCAUGGACAUGGAUCGUCGUAGGGAAGAUGCCAGAAACCCCAAGCGCAAGCCCCGCUUGAUGGAAGAGGAUGAAUUGCCAUCUUGGAUUAUUAAGGAUGAUGCUGAAGUUGAAAGGCUCACAUGUGAGGAAGAGGAAGAGAAAAUAUUUGGAAGAGGGUCCCGUCAGCGCAGGGAUGUGGACUAUAGUGAUGCUCUUACAGAGAAACAGUGGCUACGGGCAAUUGAAGACGGCAAUUUGGAAGAAAUGGAAGAGGAAAUCCGGCUUAAAAAACGGAAGAGACAAAGAAAUUUGGAUAAAGAUUCUGGGAAAGAGGAUGGGGAGAAAGCAAAGAAAAGAAGAGGCAGACCUCCUGCAGAGAAGUUGUCACCUAACCCACCUAAAUUGACAAAACAGAUGAAUGCCAUUAUUGAUACUGUGAUAAACUACAAAGACAGUUCUGGACGGCAGCUAAGUGAAGUCUUCAUUCAACUCCCAUCUAGAAAAGAAUUACCAGAGUAUUAUGAAUUAAUUAGGAAACCAGUGGACUUCAAAAAAAUAAAGGAAAGAAUUCGUAACCAUAAAUAUCGGAACCUCAGUGAUCUGGAGAAAGAUGUCAUGUUGUUGUGUCACAAUGCUCAGGCAUUCAAUUUGGAGGGAUCACAGAUCUAUGAGGAUUCCAUUGUUCUUCAGUCUGUAUUCAAAAGUGCACGACAGAAGAUUGCCAAAGAAGAGAGUGAGGAUGAAAGCAAUGAUGAUGAUGAUGAUGAUGAUGAUGAUGAUGAUGAAGAGGAGUCAGAGUCAGAAUCAAAAUCAAUGAAAGUCAAAAUCAAGCUGAACAAGAAGGAUGAAAAAAGCCAGGACAAAGGCAAAGGCAAGAAGAGGCAAAGCCGAGUAAAAGCCAAGCCUGUUGUGAGUGACAAUGACAGUGAUGAGGAUGAAGAUGAAAAUGACCAGUCAGAAGCAAGCAGAAGUAAUGAUGAGUAAUUCACAGAGUUUAUUUCCUUGGCAGAACUGACCCCAUCCCCUUCCCUUUUCUCAUUUUGCACCACUGAAUUCAUUUUGUCAAACAGACAUUGGGUUGUAUUCUCAUCCUCUAUAAACUAGCUCUAGGAUAGUGCCUGACAAACAUAUGAUAUCAUAGUGUAAAAAAGGAAAAAAGUAACAUACUGCAAUCAAAUGGGCCUCAAAGAUUUUUUUAAAAAUCUCCAAAACAACAGAAAAGCUUUUGAUGAAAAAAUGUGCAUUAAUAGUAUAUUUCUCUGGGUUGGGUUUCCUUGGUAAUGGUUUCAUCGUGCUUGGUUUUAUCAUUCGAUAUUUUUCAGUGUCAUCAGAAAGACAAAAAAAUGUCUUUUGUAGCAUUGAUAACCAGGAGAAGCCAUAAAAAGCCACUGGUUAUUUUAUUUUUCAUCAGGCAGUUUUCUGCUCUAUUGUUUUUUUACACUGUGGUGCAUAUAUGCAACUUUGUUUAAUAGCUUAUAAAUGUACGGUAGUUGGCCUUUACCUCACCUUGUCCUGCGUACAUUUUUUCACUUCAUGCUUGAUGAUCUUCAGAAAAAUGCUUUUUUGAAUUGUAGCAAAUGUAUGUGUACUGUAAACUCUGCUAAACUUUUCUCUUCUUGAUUAAAAACAAUGGGUUGAAAAAUGUUUUAGAAUAUUGCAAUCUAUAUAGUGUAAAGAAUGGCUUCUUUCAUCAAACUGAUCUUCUAUGUUACCAGUGUGAAUUCUCACCUUUUCCCUAAAGUGUACUUAAUCUUUGCUUUCUUUGCACAAUGUCUUUGGUUGCAAGUCAUAAGCCUGAGGCAAAUAAAAUUCCAGUAAUAUUGAGGAAUGUUGUAUUGGUGCUUUCCUAAUAAAGGGAUAAUUUAUC